AUGAGCAAUGAUCAAGAGACAAAAUCGUCGCCACAACAAACAUGCGGCGAUACCUAUGAAAAUUCAAAAUACCAGAAUAAUAAAGAACAGGGUAGUAAUGAUAAUAACUAUGCCGGUGGAUACAAUCGUGCAGGAGUUCCUCAACAACAACCUUCAACGCAAGUCUAUCGGCCUCCUCACUUACAGAAUCGAAUGAAUUCGCAAAAUGGCAACUAUUCCAAUAAUGGCAAUACAACUGGUGGCUAUCAAGCAUCAGCCAAUGUUGGUCCACCAUCUUCACAACAAAAUUAUGGUAAUAAUUAUAGUGCGGGUGGUAAUAAUAUUCAUUCUCAUCCUCCUUCACAACAAACAUAUUAUGGUCAAACACCACAAAUACAACCUCAACAACAAAUCUAUCCUCAAUCUGUACCUAACAAUUGUCAACAAAUGGGGCAAGGGCCACGUCAAAUGAAUGCAUCACAGUCAGUUGACAACCGAGGUUAUAAUCAAUCAUCACAGCAUCAGACGCAAGUGCAAAAUCGAUCGUUCAAUGAUGUAUCACAACUUCCACAGAGUUUUGCUCGUCAAGGUUCAAAUGGUAGUAGUGGUAGUGCAAAUGCUGGCCAACAGCCAUCAACAGGUGGUCGUUGGGAUGCUAUUUUAGCUGAACGACAAACAUCAAACCAUAGUAGUGGUAAUGGUAUCAGUCACCAUCGCGGAACAAGCGGAUUAGCUAAUAAUUACAACAAUCGAAAUGGCCGUGAUAGUAGUGGCAAUGGUGGUUACGGUGGACAACGUGAUAAUAAUUACGGUCGACGUGAUCAUGAACCUCAUAGACCAUAUCAUUCACAUGUUGGUGGUCAAUCAAGCGAUGCAACCGGCUCUGAUUGGAGUGUACCAUUACCAGCUAAUGCUAAUCUCGAAAGGGAACUAUUUGGCGUGCAUACUACUGGCAUCAAUUUUGAUCUUUAUAAUGAUAUUCCUGUUGAAGCAUCACAUAUGGAUCAUUCGCCUAUUGAAAAAUUCGAUGAUUGUAAUUUUGGUGAAAUUAUUAAAAAUAAUAUCAAUUUAUCUAGUUAUGGUUCACCAACACCUGUACAACGUUAUGCCAUGCCUACUAUUUUACUUCGACGUGAUUUAAUGGCCUGUGCUCAGACUGGUUCGGGCAAAACGGCUGCAUUUCUUCUUCCUAUUUUGCAUAUGAUCUUCGAAGAAGGUCCAGUACGUAGUCCUCAAGCUAAAUUUGGAAAUAAUCGUAAACAAUAUCCACUUUGUCUUGUUAUGGCACCGACACGUGAAUUAGCCUCCCAAAUUUAUGAUGAAGCAAGAAAGUUUUCUUAUCGAUCUAUGGUUCGUUCAUGUGUCGUCUAUGGUGGGGCUGAUAUUGGUUUUCAAACGCGCGACUUGGACAAAGGUGCUCAUCUAUUAGUAGCAACACCAGGUCGUCUUAAUGAUUUAAUACAACGUGGGCGUGUUGGUCUGGCAAAUGUCCGGUAUUUGGUUCUGGAUGAGGCUGAUCGUAUGCUGGACAUGGGUUUUGAGCCUCAAAUUCGUGAGAUCGUUGAACGGUCAGAUAUGCCCACUACAGGUCAGCGUUUAACGCUUAUGUUUUCGGCUACGUUUCCAAAACAAAUCCAGGAACUAGCACGUGAUUUUCUACAUGAUUAUGUGUUUUUGGCAAUUGGUCGAGUAGGUUCUACAUCACAAAAUAUAACACAAAAAAUUGUAUGGGUCGAAGAAGCCGAAAAACGUUCAUUUUUACUUGAUCUACUGAAUAUUCAAUCUGAUGCAUUAACAUUAGUUUUUGUCGAAACGAAACGAGGAGCUGAUAUGCUUGAAGAGUUUCUUUGUAAUCAUCAGUAUUCCGUGAACAGUAUUCACGGUGAUCGAUCACAAGCUCAACGUGAAGAAGCACUUAAAUCUUUCAAAAAUGCUCGUACACCGAUUCUUGUAGCAACAAGUGUAGCUGCUCGUGGUCUAGAUAUUCCUAAUGUCAAACAUGUUAUCAAUUUCGAUUUGCCAUCAGACAUUGACGAAUACGUUCAUCGUAUUGGUCGAACAGGUCGUGCUGGCAUGUUAGGUCAAGCAACAUCAUUUUUUAACGAAAAAAAUCGUAAUAUUGCCGUCGAUCUACUUGAUAUUUUAAGCGAAUCCCACCAAGAAGUACCUGAAUGGUUAGAAGGCUUAUCGAAAGAAGCCAAAAAAGAUAACUUUUCCAGACGGAACUAUGGUGGUGGCCGACGAGCGGGUGGUUUCGGUGCACGCGAUUAUCGUAAUCCAGCGCAAUUACGUGGUAAUCGGGGUGGUGGUGGCGGCGGCGGCGGUGGCGGUGGUGGUGGUGGUAAUCGAGCGGGUAGUUCUACAGGUGGAUAUAACAAUCAUCAACAACAAUGGGAUGGAUCGAAUAGCAGUGCCAGUGGCAAUAUGUGGGGUGGUGACCAUUCUACCGGCGGUGGCUAUGAUCGCUUCCAACAACAAACUGGUGGUGGCAAUGCUAAUAGUCGUCAGCCGGAUCAAAGUUGGUGGGACAGUACGUCAUGA